AUGUGGAGAACACUGACAAUUUUUAUUCUUCUUCUUGCUAUUCAUAUCUACGCAAGAAGAACUUCUUAUUCUUCUUUGUCCGAAAACGAUGAGUUUGAUGUGGUCCCGGAUAGUCUGAAGAAUUUCACCAGAUCGUCAUCUCCACAGAUUGAUGUCAACAAAGCGCUGAAAGGAAUCGAGUCAACAUGUCUGUCCAUUCAAGAUAUAAAUUAUCUGACGGGCGGCUCAAUCGCGGGUAGUAUAGCUCGAGAGUUUAAUGAAAAAUUGUUUCGCAUUUGUCAAAACACAAUUGGAUUCGAAGAGUUAAAUGCCAUGCUCGAAGUGCGACCGCCUGAUUCGAGAUGGUAUUGUGGACAACCAUUCGAGGAUUGGUGUCAUUGUGAAUGGAAAGCAAAGAAAGCAGCGGCAAAGACAAUUCAGGAGUACUUCGACCUAAUUGCACCAAGACAAAUAGGAUUCAGGAAUUAUGAUUGUGAAUGGUUUUUUGAGGAGCAAGUUCGUAGAGGUAUUGCUUUCCUGGAUAAAAAGAUGCCACGUGUUCGCCAAAUUCAUCGACAGAAACUUGAAGAGGUCCUUCUCCGUCAAGAUGCAAAAGAGGUUUUUGGCAAGAGUAAAGUUUAUGAUCUGAUGGAUACAAAGCAGAGUACAUCAAGACUUCUAAACGACGCAAUGUAUGUAUUGUUCAAUAAUCAGAAGUGUUGUCAAGACAAAGAUGAUUGUGAGGAGAAGGAGAGAAUGGAGAUGCUGAAGAAUAAAACAUGGAAUAAUUUGUUGGAUUUUUUAAUAAUUUCACGGAAAUAA